UCCCAACCCCCAUUCCCAUUCCCUUUCCUGCCUCUCCCUUUUCCUGUCCCUAUAUCCGGAUGGGAGCAGAGAACAAUGGGUUGGGAAUGGGGGGGGGGGAGGGGCAGGAUGAGGCCCCAGUCCUGUACUGGGAACUGGGAUGGGACUGGGAACAGUUGGAUCCCAGUGAGCUCCGUGAUCCCGGAACACCAGGAUGCUGCCCUCAGAGCACAAGGACUCCAGUCCUCGCUUUGGGAAGCUUCACUUCCCAGUUGGGCUCUGGAUCAACUGGGCUCCCAAGAAGCGAACGGCCAAGAGGAACCGACGCUGGCCUAGUGUGGGCUCUGUGCGCUCCAUCUCCUCGGACACCCCCAGUCGCACCAGUGACCCUGACCCUCGUCCCAGUACCAAACCCAAAGCCUCUCGCCACAAGCGCCUGUCCCACCUCUUCCAUCGCUCCGGAAUCCGCUUCCCCCCCGACAAGAAGCCGGAUGAGGCUCCGGAUCCAUUGGGAUCAGCUCCGGAUCCAUUGGGAUCAGCUCCGGAUCCAUUGGGGUCACUGGACCCACUGGGAUCCCCCCCCCAGCUUCCCAGUAUCCUGAAGAUCUUUGCUGGGAGCCUUUGCCAUGGGGCCAACUACAAGAGCGUGUUGGCCACAGCCCAGUCCACAGCACAGGAGCUGGUGCGGGAGGCACUGGAGCGCUAUGGGAUCACUGAUACUGGUGUGCACCAGUACGUGCUGUGUGACGUGGUGGGCAGGACUGGUGGUACUGGGACGUGGUAUGUGGAGCACAUUCGGGCACUGGGAGAUGCUGAGCGGCCACUGGUGCUGCAGGACGUGUGGAAGCCCAAGAGUGGAUGCAUGAGGAGGUUCGAGAUCCACACCAGGGAGGAGGUGGAGAGGAUGGUGGAGGAUGGAGGGGGAGGAGGAGGUGAGGACAUCAUCACCCAUCGUGCCCCCCCCCACCUCCGCCGCCUGCAGCGCAGCCGCUGCCGCGCAGCCUCGGGGGGUCCCCCCCCCCCCCAGGACCCCCCCUCAUUGCGCCGCAGCAUCAGUGACAUGAACCUGAGCACCCGCAGGCGCCGGGACCGCAAAGCUGUGCUCAGUGUGGUGGGGGGGGCGGGGGGGGACCCCCCCUCUGAGCCCCCCCCCCCCCCGAGGACCCCCCCAAACACAGCCCCCGACGGGGGGGGGGGGGGAAGGCACAGCUUGGAACAGCUCUCGCAGGGACUCAUUCAGCCCCCCCAGCACCAGCCAUACUUCCUGGUGCUGCAGGGCUAUGGGAAGCAGGACUUCGUGCUCUACACCAUGACUGGUUCCCAGCACAUCUUCGGCCGUCGGGGGGGUCCCAUUGACCCCCCCCCUGCCCCCCAAGUACCCCCCACCCCCCCCCACUGCCCCCCCCCCACCCCCCAACCCCCUCCCCCCCCCAUCGACACCUUCCUGGACGCCCCCGAUAUCCUCCCUCGCCAUUGCCUCGUAUGGGCCCCCCCGGGUGCCCCCCCCUCCGUGCGCCCCUAUAGGGGAGCCCCCAUGACCCUCAAUGGGACCCCCUUGUUCCGCCGGGCCCCAUUGAUGCCUGGGGACCUAUUGGGGCUGGGGGAGCACUUCCUGCUGCUCUAUAAGGACCCCCGAUGUGGGGGGGGGGGUUUAGGGCAGCGCCCCCCCCCAUGGCUCCCUAUGGGGCGCUGCGAGGGCUGCAGUACCAUUGGCGGCCGCCGGGGGCAGCACCGAGCGCUGCUGCCCUAUAGGGCUAGGGACGAGGAGAGGCUGCUAAGGGAGAUCAUCCGGUACUCGAGGGAUGUGGGGCUGGCCCCACAGAAUCUGGGGGUCCUGGCACCCGCUUUCCUUAUGGGGCUGUGCAUGGAGCAUGCGUGGGGAGCGUUCCCCCCACAGCACCUGCCCCUGCUCAUGAGGAGGAUCGCGAUGGCUGUGAAGGAGGAGGUUUGGGAGAAGAUCAAGGAGAUUGGGGACAGGCAGCCGGAGAACGAUGGGGACCAGCUGCUGGUUCCAGACCUGCGUCCGCUCACUCUGUGGUUGGCGAAUGCAACAGAACUGCUGAACCUGAGCCAGGCUCGAGUGCAGGAGCUGGAGCAGGAGCUGGAGCUGGAGGGGCCCUGCCCGGAGCUCAGCAAGGACCUGGAGAUGUGUGAUGAGGCCCUUGGGGUCCUGGAUGAGGUCAUCAUGUCAACCUUCCAGCAGACAGUCUAUUACCUGACCAAGCGCCUCUACACGACCCUCCCGUCCCUGCUGGAGGCCAACCCGUUCGCGGCCCCUCCCUCCCCCCCGCCCUGCGCAUGCGCGGAGCCCGCGCGCGCCCCCGACGCCGUCGGCCCCACCCUGCGCGUGUUCGAGCACGCGCUGGAGCUGGGCCGGGGCUGCCGCGCGCAUGCGCAGCUGCUGUCCCAGACCUGCGGCUACCUCCUGUUCUUCUGCAAUGCAUCUCUAUUUAACACCCUUAUGGAGAGAGGGGGCACCCUGUUCCAGUGGGGCCGCGCCGUGCGGCUCCGCACCACUCUGGACCUGGUGCUGGACUCGUUGUCCUCUAUGGGGCUGGGGGAUGUGGCAGCUCAGUUCUUCCAGAAGCUGUCGGCAGCCUCCAACCUGCUCUGCACCCCCAGGGGCUGCCUGGCCAAGAUGUCCUGGUCCCGGCUCAGGGCUGAGUUCCCAGCUCUAAGCCCAGCUCAGCUCCAUCACAUCCUCAGCCACUAUCAGCUGGGGGGGGGUCAGGCCCCUCCCCCAGCCUGGAGCCCCCCCCCCGAGGAGCGCGACCAGGUCACGGCAGGUGACAUCUUCGAGAGCUUUUCCGACCACCCCCCCCUGCUGCUGCCCACACGUGGUUUCCUCCUGCGCCCGGGGGGGGGGGUCGCGGACCCCGAGAACAGCGGGGGGGGUGGGGGGGACCCCCAGGACAAGGGGGGGGUCCCCGAUGACGUCGAAGGGGAGGGGGCGGGGCUAAUGGAGGCCCUGAACCGCAUGCGCCGACUGCUCCGGGACCUGGAGAACGAGGAGCUCCCAGCCAAUCAGAGGGGGCUCCAUAGGGAGCCUAUAGAUCCAUAG